UGUCUGAGCAUCAUAUGUAUCGCGGACCACCGCCAGUGCUUCCUCGGCAGCAACCUCCCGUUCAUGCAUCUCAGCAUUCACAGCAACAUCCGUAUGCGGGAUACGGACAUUAUUCUUACACAGUGCCAUCUUCACACUUGGCUGCCCCUCGUUCUAACGACUAUUCUCCGGGGCCUCCACUGAUGUCGAUACAGUACCCUCCACAUCCAGCUCAGCCCGAAUAUUCUCAAGAUCGUCGGGGGUCUCUGGUAAACCAUGCCAACCACUCCCAAUAUCGAGCCUCGCCACUAUACCAAUUUCCUGGGAAUGCUGGCCCUAAUGAUGAUCCAAGCAGAGGUUCAGCCACUCCAUUGAGAUAUCCUUCUUAUCCUCCUUCCUAUCUGCCGCACCCCGUUCAUUCAUCACAGCACUCGAAUCAGCAGAUGAAUCCCCCAUCAACAAGCACCCACGAUGCGGCUUUUGAUUCGAGCCCGCCCACUAUUGAUCGAUCAGCUUAGAUUCUAUGGUUUUGCCAUUAUGCAUUUGAUGUUUAUUCAACAGCAUCUUGGUUUCGUGGAUGUGUUGUUUUAGAGAUGCCAGUGUUGAGCAGUGAUUUCAUUUAUUCAAAUCAAGCAGAUUAGUUAGAUUCAAUGACUUUGAAAAUCUAUUAUGAAUUACAGUCGUACUCACAUAAAAUGGACCAUUAAAUAAAGGUGUCAGCACAUGAGUGAUUUCGU